UGCAUGCUCCGAAUACUGCAGAUAACGCGGCCUGCAUGAAGCAGAAACCGAGAAAGCAAAGGGGAAAAAUGCAAUAAUGCCACAUCAUCUGCAGCAGGUUCGGAACUCGGACCAUUUGUGUCGUUGUCGGUAAAUAUAUAAUGGGGUUCUGUGCCUGGGCAACUUGAGAAUCGAGGAAAGAAGAAGAAUUUUUGAAGAAAAAAUGACACGCCUUGUCGAGACAGUCGAUCUCUCCAACACCUCCACGGCUUACUUUGCACCGGCCACUGUCACCCAAGCCAACGGUGGUCUCAUUCAUAUUUCUGGCCAGCCGGGGAGUACCAAGGAUGGCCAUGUGCCUGUGGACUAUGAGUCCCAGAUCCACCUGGCGCUCUUUAACCUCCGCAAGGUCAUCAUUGCUGCGGGUGCGAGUGUGCGAGACAUCAUCAAGCUGACUCUGUUCGUUGUCGACUACGAUCCGGCCCAAAGGAAACACACCCGGCAUGUCGAAAAGUUCCUGGCAGGCCACCGUCCGGCCGUCACGCUCGUGCCGGUUUCGCAGCUGGCUGGGGCCGGCUGGCUCUUCGAGGUCGACGCUGUUGUUGCGCGCCCGGAGGAGAAAGCCAUGCUGGAAUCCCCCAGGACUCAGGGUGCGCAAGAAAAGCCCGUCGAUGUGGUGAUCAUCGGGGCGGGUCUUGCCGGACUGACGGCUGCCCAUGACAUCCUGCGCGCAGGGCUCUCUUGCGUCGUGCUGGAGGCCCGCGACCGCGUGGGCGGCAAGACAUGGAGCCAGCCGUUGUCUGGGGACCAGGGUUUCGUGGAGGUGGGCGCCGCUUGGAUCAACGAUACGAAUCAGACCAAAAUGUACGCGCUGGCGAAGCGCUUUGGGGCCGAGUUCAUUGAGCAGAAUACCACAGGUAACUGUGUGCUCCAGGACAAAAAGGGAGCCUUUGUGCAAUUCCCGUACGGCCAGCCGCCCACGUUUGACGACCCUGCCAUGGUACAAGACCUGGUUCGUAUUUGGGAAAUGUGUGAGGCGGACUGCCAGGCUCUGGACAUCGCACGGCCGAAGAGCACCCAUCUCGAUUCGAUGACUUUCGAGGCCUACCUCCGCUCGCGCGGAGCCAGCGAGACCAGCCUCGCCACGGCUUCUAUUUGGACCCGCGCAAUGCUCGGCCAGGAGCCGAGCGAAGUAUCUGCGCUCUACUUUCUCAGCUAUUGCCGGUCCGGAGGUGGUCUGCUCCAGAUGCGCUCCGAUCGCAAGGGUGGCGGGCAGCAUCUGCGCAUUCGGCAGGGGACGCAGCUCUUCGCCAGGGGACUUGCCGACGCACUGCCCGUCGGAACAAUCCGUCUUUCAAGCCCGGUGGACGCUAUCGAGCAGGUAGCUGGGACCAGAACGGCCCAUGUCCAUGCCAACGGCGCCCUAUUUGUCGCCCGGAAGGUCAUCUCGACGGUUCCCAGUCCGGUGUUGAAGAGCAUUUCAUUUACACCCAGCUUACCUCCUGCGAAGCGUGCCUGGAUCGAGUCUGCCAGCUAUGGCUACUAUACCAAAGCAAUGAUGGUUUUCCGUACGCCCUUCUGGAUACCAAAGGGAUUCUGUGGCCUCACACAAUCCUUCGUCGGCCCGGCCGCCGUAAUCCGUGACACAAGCAGCCCAACCGAUGACAAACAUAUCUUGACCUGUUUUAUGGCCGGAGACCACGGCCGGCAAUGGUCUGCGCUGCCGACCCCAGCCCGCGAACAGGCCCUCCUAACACAGAUCGGCCAGCUGUUUGGCGUCAAAGACUCCGUCGCCCACGAGUUCGUCGAGAUGAUCACCUACGAGUGGAUCAAUGACGAAUACUCGGGCUGGGGUUGUCCCUGUAUCGCUCUCCCGCCCGGUGUGAUGGACACGCUUGGCGCCGACACCCCGAGAGAGUCCUUCGGACACCUACACUUUGCCGGGACGGAAACUGCAGUCGAGUGGAAGGGCUACAUGGAGGGGGCAGUCCAGAGCGGCGAGCGGGCAGCAGGAGAGGUGAUCAAACGCCUGCAGGGGGGUGUCGUUGCCCAUCUGUGAGUGGGAACAGGCCAGGAGACUGCAUUAGUUACCAAGGUACUACAUAGGUAGGUAGUUGUAUAUAUGCAUGCAUACAAUAGACAAGACUCGAG